AUUCUCUCCUCGUCUUUCUCUUGUGAAAAACUGAAAAUCCAAUAUAUACCUUAAAAUACAUAUGCGUACCCGUCGAUACAAGGUCGGUAUAAUCACUGUCGAUGGGGCAUAACAUUUUCGAUAUGCAAAUACAUACACGAACCAUAUUUUCUUGCACCUUUGUAUAGUUGCUUGUUGAGGUGCCAAAAAGUAGGACCGAAAAAUCUGAAACACAGACCGAAAAAAAAGAGAGGAAGGGGGAAAGAAAUGAGCGCGCCCUUCUCUCUCAAGAAGCCAAAGGUCGAGGAGAGAGAAGACGACGACGAGGGCAAAGUUGCGGCGAUGGCCAAACAAGAGAACGGAGUGGAAGAAGAAGAAGAAGAAGAAGAAGACAGCGUGGUCGAGCAAGAACAAGCCAUGGUUGCUCUGAUCGAGCAUCGCACCAAAGAAGUUCAGCAUCUCCGCAAAAAAGUCACCUACUACCAAUCUCAGCUCGACGAAGCAGAGAAAAGAGUAGAGGAUUUGCAUUCCAAAUUAGCUCGUCUUAGAAGCCGCAACAAGGUCGCAUCAUCCAAGAACUCUCCGGGUGAUGAUAUCAAAGUUGUUAAAGUUGAGCGCAGAUCAAUUAGUCCUGUCCAUAUAAGGGAAGAUUCUCAUCAAGACCAACCUCAAUCUAGACCACAACUUGUAAUUCCAGCUGUGAACCCGAAAAUUUCCCAGCCUGUGAUAAUGGUGCGGUCCUCCACAAAAGAAUCAAGUGAUGCAAGUGGUUCUCAGUUUCAGUCUAGGAAGCCUAGGAUGUCAGUUCAUAAUAAUAUUGUUUCAAAAGUAAAAGGGAAUGAAUCUCAUUCCACCCCUACUGAGCCGGAAGCUUCUGAAGUUCAAGCUAAAAAAGGCACAAAAAGGAAGUUUGAGCAGAAGGAGCACAAAGAAUUGAUCUCAUUGAUAUGUAGCCGCUCCCAUGCGAACACAAUCCAUUGCCAAACAGGUUGUCUUAUGUCUAGCCGACACAAGAGAAAGUUGAGAAGUCUUGUGUUGUGUCCAGCAAAUGAUGAGCUAUUUAUGACAAGUGCUUUGGAUGGAGUUGUCAACUUGUGGCAAAUUCAGGCCAGGGGAUCGAGUGCCAGUCUACUGAGUUCUACCGAGGCCCUAUCCCCAAAGCAGAGGAGAUGGCCGGAAGAUAUAGCAUGGCAUCCAGAGGGAAACAGCGUAUUUGCUGUGUACAGUGCUGAUGGUGGAGAUUCUCAGAUAUCUGUCUUGAAUCUCAAUAAAAGAAAAGAGGGAGCGCGUGUAUGUUUCUUAGAGCAGAAACCUCAUCUCAAGGGCAUCAUCAACAACAUAGUUUUUAUGCCGUGGGACCAAGUCUGUUUUGUUACUGGUGGCAGUGAUCAUGCCGUAGUGCUCUGGACUGAUAAAGAAGAUGGAGAAAACUCAUGGAAACCAAAAAUCUUGCAUAGGAAUCUCCAUUCAUCAGCUGUAAUGGGAGUGGCUGGGAUGCAGCAAAAGCAUAUUGUAUUGUCCGCUGGUGCAGACAGGAGAAUUUUUGGGUUUGAUAUGAUGGCAGAAAGAACAGAAUAUAGACAUCAAAUAGAAAGCAAAUGCAUGAGUAUUCUACCCAAUCCAUGUGACUUCAAUCUAUUCAUGGUCCAGACAGGGACUCCGGAGAGGCAGCUUCGACUCUUUGAUAUAAGAUUGAGGCAGACAGUAAUCCAUGAGUUUGGUUGGAAGCAAGAAAGUAGCGAAUCACAAUCGGCUCUAAUAAAUCAAGCAUGGUCCCCCGAUGGAUUAUACAUUACAUCCGGUUCAGCAGACCCUGUAAUCCACAUCUUUGACAUCAGGUACAAUGCUCACAAUCCUUCUCAGUCGGUGAAAGCGCACCAAAAGCGAGUCUUUAAAGCCUUAUGGCAUCACUCUCUCCCUCUCCUCAUCUCGAUAUCGUCCGAUCUGAAUAUUGGAUUGCACAAGAUCAUGUGAUGUUCUGUUGAUCUCGUUUAUUUACUCCUCACUUUCCCCCACUGGUUGGGAAGUUUUGUAUCUCAAGUUAGGAACUCGGACUUGUCAGUGAAGGACAUUUUGCCUCAAGAACAAUUGAAAACAUGCCGUAUUCGGUGUACUGUGGAUAGGAUAUUUCGGGAGAGAAUCAAACAGAAAUGAAAAGUUAAUUGAUGGUAGGUAUCCAGGAGAUGGUCUUUUCAGAGGAAAAAAUGGUGGGGGUGGGGGUGGUGUAAUGACCCGGUCCCAGAAGAGUUUUAAACUCUGAAAUGAGGAUAAAUUGUUGUGCACUUUGAGGAAAUAUACCGUUGGCUUAUUACUGUCCAUUUCUUGAAUCUUUUGCUUGAAAUGUAUGUAGAUCAAUGCAAGAGUAGUCAUCUGAUAAUUCAUUGUAGAUGGACUCAAUUUUGUUGCUCAAUGAAUUAAGGGUGUUGCGAA